UAAUAAACAGACAGAACUGAAUUACUGAAUUUAUCAAAGCAUUUUCAUUAUUUCCUUCAGAUUUUCAAACCGGAAUUGUAACGAAAUCAUGCCACCCAAACUUAAAUUCACAGAAGGCGAGAAAGUUCUUUGCUUCCAUGGACCGCUUAUUUACGAAGCUAAAAUGCUGAAAAGUAUGGUGAUGAAGGAUAAGCAGGUCAAAUAUUUUAUUCACUAUGCUGGUUGGAACAAAAAUUGGGACGAGUGGGUGCCGGAAAAUCGUGUACUCAAGUAUAACGAUGCAAACGUUCAGCGACAGCGAGAAGUAACUAAAUUGCACUCUUCUUUGGCGGCUAAGAAUAAGAAAGUAAAUGCCAAAGCUAAGAAAGCGGACACCAGCGCUGGAUCUAGCAAAGAUGGAGAUUCACGGGCGUCAACUCCGUCUAAGGAAGUAGCAAAAGAAAAAGAACAUACACCAAGCACUUCGGGCACUGCAACGCCUACUGCUUCUAGUUCCAGUACUGCCACCACAAGCAAUACACCAUCCACUACGAGCCGUAGCAGAUCAUCCGCUAAAACCGCCGCCGCAGCCGCUGCUGCUGCUGCAGCAACACCAACCCAAACAGCAAAAGAAAAAUCUGAAGAGAAGGAAGCACCGGCCGAGAAACGCAAAUCUGAGGAUACUCCGGAAUGCUCUCAAGCAUCCGCUAGAAAGAAACGUGGUCGCAGUGAUACCACUUCGUCAAAUGUUGAAUCGGAAGAUCAAUUUCUGUCAAAAGUUGAAGUUAAGAUAAAAAUUCCUGAUGAAUUAAAACCCUGGCUGGUGGAUGAUUGGGACGCAAUCUCCCGACAGAACAAGCUGGUAGAGCUACCGGCCAAAGCUACGGUUCAUGAAAUAGUUGAUAAUUACGUUCAGUAUAAGAAGUCCAGCAAAGCUUCGACGGCUUUGAAGGAGAACGCCGUCCAAGAUAUUGCAAAUGGAAUCGUCGAAUAUUUCAACGUAAUGCUCGGAUCUCAAUUGCUGUAUAAAUUCGAGAGGCCACAGUACGCUGAGAUGAUUCAGCUGCAUCCUGGCGUACCGAUGGCAAAGAUAUACGGCUCGUUUCAUCUGCUGCGGCUUUUCGUUAAGCUGGGCUCGAUGCUGGCUUUUACGGCACUGGAUGAAAAAUCCAUUCAAACCUUGAUUGGCCAUAUACAGGAUUUUCUCAAAUAUCUGGUGAAAAAUAGCAGCACAUUGUUCUCGAUGCAGCAGUUUGUGAACACCAGCCCGGAGUACCAUCGGAAAGCGCAAUGAUUUUUGCUCACGCUUCAUCGCAUCGAGAUGAAUCAGUACUUGGACUCGAUAUAAGAAUUUUAUUAAUUUUUUUAAGUUGAUUACUAGUAUCUAAAUAUACAUGCUACUAUAUGUACUC